AUGAAAGCAAUCAGGCUCUCUGUUUACUCAAGCAAGUGUCGUCUUGAUAAAUUUACAAAUCAACGGCCAUCUUUAAACAAUCCAAAAAAAUUAUUUGAAGAAUUUAAGAAGCGUGGACCUUUUCAUUAUUUACAAUUUUGUUAUUGGAAGUUAGGAGAUUUAAAACAAGCUGUCAAGUCAGCCUUUACUUUUUUAGUGGCCAAUCCUGGUGAUGAAGAUACUUUGAAUAAUUUACAUUUUUAUAUGGAACAGCCUGGAUUUGAGCGGGAAAUGCUCAUUGAUGAGUGGCAAUAUCGUCAUGAGGUAUAG